CUUGGUGUAAGGAGACAUUGGAGACAUCAGCAGGUCAACCAGUCUAUGGUGUUUUCAGCAGAGUGACAUCAUGGCCUUUUCAGAAUCUGCACAUGAACUCAGAAUAAUGCUGUUUGGAAAAAAUGAUGACAAGAAAUCAGCCCUGGAAAACCUCAUCACUGGAAAGAAAAGAUCCAUUGUGUCUAAAGUCCUUGGAGGAAGGCAAUGUCACGCUGCCUCUGGAGAGUGGAACGGGAAACCGUUAACAGUAGUCAAAACUCCCGACAUCUUCAGUCUGUCUGUUGAUAAAUUGUUAGAAGUGAUGAAGAGCUGUGUGAGUCUCUGUCCUCCUGGACCAAAUGUUCUGCUGCUGUUAGUGAGAUCUGAUUUCUCUGAAGAGGACAGAAAAAAUCUGAACUUGGUCCUCAGUGUGUUUGGUCAAGAUGCAUUUAAGCACUCCAUGGUCAUCCUGACACAUAAUGAGAGAAAGAGUUCCUCAGUGGAAAGACUCAUCAAACACUGUGAUCACAGGCAGGAAUAUAUCAGUUUUGACAAAAAAGACAUUCCCAUAUCUUACUCAAAGUUUAUGGAAAAAAUGAAUCAAAUAGUGAGUAAAAACUGGGGAAAAUAUCUCAUGUUAAAAGAAGAAGCUAAACCCACGAGAGUGAAGUCCAGUGUGAACCUGGUUCUGUGUGGGAGGAGAGGAGCAGUGAAGACGUCAGCAGCCAAGGCCAUUUUAGGUCAGACUGAGCUUCAUUCAGCCUCCAACUCAUCAGAGUGUGUUAAACAUCAGGGAGAGGUGUGUGGACGUUGGGUUUCCCUGGUGGAGCUGCCUGCCUUGUAUGGAAAACCUCAGGAGGCAGUGAUGGAGGAAUCAUUCAAGUGUAUCUCCCUCUGUCAGGCAAUCCAUGCCUUCAUCCUGGUCCUACCUGUGGCUCCCCUCACUGAUGAAGACAAGGGAGAGUUAGAGACCAUCCAGGAAACAUUCAGCUCUCGGGUCAAUGACUUCACCAUGAUUCUGUUCACCGUGGACUCAGAUCCUACAGAUCCAGCUGUUCUUAACUUUUUCAAGGAAAACCAGGACAUCCAGAAGCUCCUUCAGACUUUUAGACAAAGACAUGUGGUUCUCAAUAUCAAGGCUAAACAGCAGAGGGAUAGUUUGGAGACCAUGCUUCAGACUGUGGAUAAAAUGAGCCUGUCUGAAAAGAGCAUGGGCAAACCACACUGUUAUACAGCUAUAACCUUGCUACAUGCACAAAUGGAGAAAGUCUUGCAACAAGAGAAAAUCAUUAAGAGGCAACAAGAUGAAGCUAAGAAAUUGAAGAUGAACAUGAUCACAGGCGAUGAAGGUGGAGAACAGGACUCAGACUGUCUCAGGAUUGUGCUGAUUGGGAAGACCGGCUGUGGAAAGAGCUCUACAGGAAACACGAUUUUAGGAAGAGAUGAGUUUAAAGCUGCAUCAAGUCAAAUAUCAGUUACACAACAAUGUCAGAAAUUACACGGUGAGGUGGACGGUCGUCCUGUUGUUGUGGUCGACACUCCAGGUCUGUUUGACACAAGUUUGACCAAUGAAGAAAUUCAAGAGGAGAUGGUGAAAUGUGUCAGUCUCCUGGCUCCAGGACCACAUGUCUUCUUGGUGGUGAUACAGGUCGGCAGAUUCACAGCAGAAGAGAAGGAGACACUGAAGCUCAUCAAGAAAUUCUUUAAGAAGGAUUCAGAAAAGUUCACCAUCGUUCUUUUAACCAGAGGAGAUGAACUGGAGCGUCAGGGAGAGUCUGUUGAUGAUUACAUCAAGAACAAAUGUCAUAUUUCCUUUAAGAAGCUGAUCUCUGACUGUGGAGGAAGAUACCAUGUGUUCAAUAACUCUGAGAAACAAAACCGCACACAAGUCAGUGAUCUGAUAGCAAAGAUUGACACCAUGGUGAAGGACAAUGGAGGCAACUACUUCACCAAUCAGAUGCUGCAAGAGGCUGAAGUAGCGAUACAGAUGAAAAUGGAGAGCAUUCUAAAGAAGAAGGAAGAAGAGAUUCAGAGAAAAUACAAUCAAGAUAUGGAAACCAUUAAGCAAAUCAUGGAAAAAGAGAGGAAACAAAUGGAACAGGAGAGACAAGAAAAAGCCAAAGAACUCCAGGAAAUGGAGGAGAAAAUUAGGUUCGAACAAGAGAGAAGAAGAAAAGAAGAACAAAUUAGAAAUGAAGAAGAAAUCAAUAAGAAAAAGGAAGUAGAAAGAUAUCGGGAGAAUUUUAACAAACAGAUUGAAAUAGUGGAUAAACAAAUUCAGUCAGAAAAAGAGGAAAAGAAAAAUGUCGACAGAAAGCUGGAAGAAAGCAGAAAACAAGAAGAGUGGGAGAAAGAACAGAAAGAAUGGUGGGAGAAACAACGACAAGAAGAAGAGACGAGACGAGAGGAAGAGCAAAAAAUCAAAGAGCUUGAAGAAAAGUACAAACAAGAAAAGCAAAUAUAUGAAAACAAACUUAAGGAGGAUCACCUCAGAAGAGAACAGGAGGAAAAGGAGAAGAAAGAACUGGAGGAGAAACAUAAGAAAACCCUGGAGGAGAUGAAGAAAAAACAUGAAGAAGAAGCCAGAAAGCAAGCUGAAAAUGCCAAUGAAUCCCAAAAGAAACUUGUGGAGGAAUUAGCUUAUCAGAAGAAAGAAUAUCAGAAGGAAAUGAAUGAGUUACUGAAACAUGUCAUCAAAAGGAAUUCUAGUUAUUACAGGAUCAAGAGAUUACUGGAAAAACAGGAAAAUGAAAUGAAGAAAGUGAAGGAUGAGGAUAAAAAAGAGGAACUCCAGGAAACACAUGAAAAAGAAUUAGUUACGCUUAUGCAAGAAAUCUUAUCAGAAAAGAUCAAUGACGCAUCAGCCUGCAGCGUUAUGUGAUAAGAAACGAACAGUUUCAGAUGCUUCAUUUUAUGUCAGUAAAAACAAACAAAAAAGAAUCAGUACUUCUUUAAAGUUCUGUAUACUUCCCCAUAUUUUGCAGCACAUAGAAAACACUUCUGCCUGGACAUUCAUUAUUUUCUAAAGCUAAAUACAUGUAUUCAUAUCCAAUGAAUACACAAAAAACAAUCUAACAAUAUAAGGGUAUGUUACAGAACUCCAUUUGUUAGCUUACAAAAACACUAAAGACAAGUUAUUAUACAAGCACUUCUUCACAUAAUUAUGUAAUUUAUUUCUGUCUCCAAUUACAAUGAACAAUCACAGCAGAAUUUAUUAGUUCAACACAAAUCUCUGAUGUCAGAUGCAGCCAGGCCACAAAAUGAGCCGAAAAGGGGAAAAAUGAAUUAUAAUAGUAAAAACAGUCAAUAAAAAAAUCACAGUGGAUCGACAUGUUAUUUGAUUAUUACAGUAAACAAUAUGGCAGAAAGCUGUAAUACAGUUUUGUGUGAUCAUAAUAUACUUCGACUGCUAGUUAAUAGAGACUUAAUAAUGAGACAUGUAACUAUAGUUGUGUCUAAAUAUGAAAAGACAGUGGUAUAAUACAGCUGUUAUCACAACACAGUAUAUGUGUAUCAAGUAAGACUGUACUCAGACUGGCUAAUAUUAUAUACUGUAUUAUUAAAGCCAAACGUGUGGAUUCCCUGAGUUUUAUGUCCCUGAGUUGUUAAGUAACAAUAUGUUCAUUUAUAACCAUUACUACUUUCAUAAAUAUAUGUUUGAUUAGUAAAGAAGGCAAUUUAUCAUAAAUGUAUGAAUAAACAGGCGACAGGAAAACGUCUUUAGUUUUGGUCAUUAGAGACAGUUUGGUUUUCUUUCAGUAAAAAAAAAAAGAUUUUUAUGACUUGAAUGAAAUUAAAUGUUUACAUAUAAGUCAUUCUAUUUUCUCUGUGACCUUUAAAUUACAAAUAUUACAGCAUUAACUUAAUUUUUAAUAUAUAUUAAUAUCAAUUAAAUCAAUAGCAUAUUGUAAUAAAAUGCCUUUAAUGCUUUGAUUUUUUUCUUUGAUUAUUGAUUCUCCAAUAUGUUUUUUGUUUCAUAAUUAAUGACAUAACUGAGACUGAUUUUAAUGAUAUGUCGUUUGCUUGUUUCAUAUGGAUUAUUUGAUUUUACUACAGUUCUUGUCUGUGGUUCAGUGUGGACUGUUGUUAAAUGGUGAAGUCCAAAACCUUUUUUCAGUAACUUCAUGUCUUUCUUGAUGUUUCAUCAAAGUAAACAUUGAAUUAAUAUCUCCACUUACACUGAUGUAUGUUUUCCAUUUUAACUCCCAGAUUAGUGAUGAUUGGUUUAACAAACUGUGUCAAAG